UAUAUAUAUAUAUAGAACAAGUAUGAACAUGGAAGUAAAGGCAACGUGAGGGGACACGUUUAGAAGGGCUGAAAAAGAAGAAGAAGAAAGAUUAACACACAGGAAGUAGGAAGUGUGAUCUGCGAUAUCUCCAGUUUGUUUGUGUGUGUGUUUGAGUGUGUGUGUGUGUGUUUGAGUGUGUACAUCAAAUUGUGUGUAUGUGUGUGUGUGUGCGCGCUCCUGCGGGGUGUAUGUGUGAAAUGAAACACUGACCUGGGUUAUGAGUUAAGGACAAUGUCUCUCAAACUACCACGCAACUGGGACUUCAGCACCUUCAAGGCUGAGACAGCUCGCAUAGCUUUCUUGUGGUGUUUGGCAGCGCGAUCCAGGAGUGUGAUACCCGGAGAGGGAGGCCCCGGCCCCGGCUCGCCGCGCUCCUCCAGGUCCAUGGAGAAGCCGCUGAAGGCCGGCUGGCUCAAGAAACAGCAGAGGUCUUUAGUCAAGAACUGGCAGCAGCGUUACUUUGUGCUGAGAGGAACCACUCUGACCUACUUCAAAGAUGACAAGGAGACCACUGUCCAGGGAGUCAUCCAGGUGCGGUUCAGUAAAGUUAAUGAAGUCCCUCCAAACCCAGAUGAUCCUGGGAAGUACCUCUUCGAGAUCAUACCACGUCCAACUGGAGACAGAGAGCGAUGUCCCUAUGUGUUCAUGGCAAACUCCCAGAGUGACCUGGAGGAGUGGGUCCGCACCCUGCGCAGGGUCAUUGGAGCACCAACAAGUGGAGUGUUUGGGAAGAGUCUCAUGGACACAGUGACAUAUGAGCAGCGGUUCGGGCCUCACAUGGUGCCAAUCCUGGUGCAGAAGUGUGUAGAGUUCAUCAGAGAGCAUGGCCUGAAUGAGGAGGGCAUCUUUCGCCUCCCGGGUCAGGACAAUGCUGUCAAGCAGUUCAGAGAUGCCUUUGAUGCAGGAGAGAGACCCUCCUUCCCCAGGGACACAGAUGUCCACACGGUGGCGUCGCUACUCAAGCUGUACCUGCGUGAGCUUCCUGAGCCCGUGGUGCCCUGGACUCAGUACCAAGACUUCCUGGACUGCACCAACAACGUGCUGGACGCCAGCUCCACAGAGGGUUGGGAAAAAAUCGACAAACAGAUCGCCCUUCUCCCCAAAACCAACUACAACCUUCUGAGUUAUGUGUGCCGGUUCUUGUUUGAGGUGCAGCUGCACUCCAAGGUGAAUAAGAUGAAUGUGGAGAACUUGGCUACGGUGAUGGGGAUCAACCUGCUCAAACCUCAGAUAGAAGACCCCAUCACUGUGAUGAAGGCGACUCCUCAGAUCCAGAGGCUGAUGACAGUGAUGAUCCGACAGCAUGAGAUUCUGUUUCCCCUCUCCAAAGACGUACUUCCCUCCCCCCCCUCAAACAAGGCAGAAAGCCAGAAGAACACCCCCCGAAGCUUUGUGGGCUGGGAGUCGGCAGAGAUGGGGGAUGCAUCUCUGUCUGAGUCUCCGGAAGAGGAGGAGGACAAUGACAGUCCAGGUCCAGGACGAGGAAACUGCAGCCCACAAGACUUGGCUCAGGAGCCUCGCUCACCUACCACGGACUGGAUAAGCCCCCGCAAACGUACUCAGACCCUGCCCACCUUCAACUGCCCCCUCACCGGGAUGGCAGCCAAGGCGGACGCCCUCAACCGCUGGAGUCACAUCCAGGAGGGCGUGGAGGAGAAGAGCGGGACACUGUCAGAGGACAUUUUUAAGAUACUCGACCUCCGGAGUUCAGGUUCAUUGUUCGGGGGGGCUCAGGUCAGUAACAAGGAGGGAGAGGAUAGGUUACCAGCCCGAAGAGGAAGUGACAUCACAAGUCCAUCUGCCUUUGGCUCUCAAAAGCCUGACAGUGACUGGCAGCCUGCCCAGGCGCUGUCUCAGCCGACGAGUGUAGGGAAGCUGACAGCGAAGGCAUCGGGUCCACAGGAGGACAGCAGGUCUGAGCCGGAGAGAGACACCCAGCAGCUGGGAGACAGCCUGCAGCAGGAGAACGAGGAGCUGAGGGCCACCGUGGCCGAGCUGCAGGCGGCUCUGGAGGCAGAGCGCCACCGUGUGGCCGCCCUGGAGAUCUGCCUGAGGAAUGCAGAGCGCAGCCGCGACGAGGCCCAGAGACGCAACGACCAGCUGCAAAGAGACAUUCAGCAGUUCCUCACCAAAAAGCCCCCCACCCCUACCUAACAGUCCCCUUCAGACUCUGGUAUAUGGAUUUAUGACUAACGUUAACCUCAACAGAGCUGAACUCACAUGAACUGGUUAUGGAACGUACUAUUGUCCUCCAGUGGGAUGACUCUGGAUCGUUUCUCAAGAUAAAUUAUUGGCUCAUUUGUUUGUGUCUGUUACAGUAAUAAGAGCUCUAAAUGAGCUUUAAUAUUUCUAUUUACAUUAGAGACUUAAUUCCUCCCUAAUGCAGGAGUCAUGUGACCACUUCAGCUUAGGAAGAACCCUUUGUUCAACUGGACUGAGUUAAUGAUCAUGGUGGACAGACAGUACAAAUACUCUUUGUGCCAUUAUUUCAUGUUUCAUUUC